UUAAAAUAUAAAAAUAAAAAAUCAAAAAUUGGUUUCGGGAGCAUUGCAAGCAAAUCGUGAAAAACGUGAAGGCAAAUAUGUUUGUUAAAUGUUUGCAAAUGAACAAGUGAAUUAAGUGCAACAAUUUACAUUUAAUCAACAAUUUCACAUCAUAACGAAAUAUUCCAAAACCUCAAUUGUUGUAAACUCGAGGCACGAUUAAUUUUUAAAUUCUUAUUAAAGAAUAUAACACCAUUGCAAUUGCAAUCUAUUCAAUCUAUAAUCCUUUAAGCCAUCACAAAACCGUUUACUACGAAUUUUAUUUUCUUUUGAGUAAAUAAAAUAAUUCAGAAGUUUGGGCAACAAAUUGUCGCCGUCGACCGCUACCCUGGGAAAAAUUAUGAACUUGUGUUCCUCUGCAGGUGCUACAGCAUCGUCAACGUCAUUAGCAUCCGCGGGUAAAACAGUAAGUGAAAGUACAACAUCGGCAGGCACUGGCGGUGGCGGUGCUUUGACAACACAUUGUUUUGGCAGUGGCAGCAGUUGUGCUGCCGCCCAUCCAUCAUCCACAAACACAACAACAAUAACACAUCCAACACACAGUGGCACUGGUAACAAUAACGAAAUGCCACCCGAAACGCGUCCUAAAGUUGUAACUGUCAAACAUCCAGAAUCGAAUAAACCCAAACCUACAACUAAAAAAAGCAAACCACAGCAAGCAGACCAGGAUGUGGUGAAAGCGCUACAGCGUUGUAGAGAUGAAGGCAUUAAACGUUUGGAUCUUAGUAAAUCAUCCAUAUUCAUAAUACCACCAUGCGUUAAAGAUUGCACACACCUUACCGAACUUUAUCUGUAUAGCAACAAAAUAAGUCAACUGCCCACAGAAAUUGGUUGUUUAGUUAAUUUGAAAACACUUGCACUCAAUGAAAAUAUACUCAAUUCGCUGCCAGAAUCCUUACAGAACUGCAAACAAUUAAAGGUGCUGGAUUUAAGGCAUAAUAAACUUGGAGAAAUUCCGGCAGUCAUAUAUAAGUUGCGUUCGCUAACAACGCUUUACUUGCGUUUCAAUCGUAUUACCGCCGUAACUAUUGAUAUACGUAAUCUUACCAAUCUGACUAUGUUGAGUUUGCGUGAGAAUAAGAUACGUGAGCUGGGUGCAUCAAUAGGUGCUUUAGUAAAUUUGACUACACUGGAUGUAUCACACAAUCAUCUAGAACAUCUACCUGAAGAAAUCGGUAACUGCAUAAAUUUGAGCGCAUUAGAUUUACAACACAAUGAGCUACUUGAUAUACCGGAAACAAUUGGUAACCUAAAAAAUUUAGUGCGUUUAGGAUUAAGAUACAAUCGUUUAACAUCUAUACCCACAUCAUUGAAAAAUUGUAAAUGCAUGGAUGAAUUUAAUGUGGAAGGCAAUGGCAUUACUCAACUACCAGAUGGAUUACUUGCGAGUUUAAGCGCACUUACAACUAUAACACUUUCACGAAAUUCUUUCCAAAGCUAUCCUACAGGUGGACCAGCACAGUUUACCAAUGUGUAUAGCAUUAAUCUUGAACAUAAUCGUAUUGAUAAAAUUCCCUAUGGUAUUUUCUCACGAGCUAAAGGUUUGACAAAGUUGAACAUGAAAGAGAAUGCACUGACUGCUCUACCACUCGAUGUGGGUACAUGGGUUAAUAUGGUUGAACUGAAUUUGGCCACAAAUGCUUUGCAAAAACUACCAGACGACAUAAUGAACUUACAAAAUCUCGAAAUACUCAUACUAUCAAAUAACUUGCUCAAAAAAAUACCAAAUACUAUUGGAAAUUUGCGCAAAUUACGUAUCCUAGAUCUGGAAGAGAAUCGUAUUGAGGUGUUACCAAAUGAAAUUGGUCUUCUACAUGAACUGCAAAAAUUAAUUUUACAAACAAAUCAAAUUACGGUAUUACCACGCACCAUUGGACAUCUCAGUAAUUUGACGCAUUUGUCAGUGAGCGAAAAUAAUCUACAAUAUUUACCUGAAGAGAUUGGCUCAUUAGAGAAUUUAGAAAAUCUCUACAUUAAUCAAAAUCCCUGUUUGGAGAAAUUACCAUAUGAAUUAGCGUUGUGUCAGAAUUUGAAAUAUUUGAAUAUUGACAAAUGUCCUUUGGGCACAAUACCACCAGAAAUUCAAGCUGGCGGACCAUCGCUAGUGUUGCAAUGGCUAAAAAUGCAUUCACCUUACAGGCAGAUGUGAGUGGACGAUGGUCAAUGGCGUACUUUCUAUGUAAGCAACGAUUGUUAUAUACAAUUUGAACUGGAAGAACAGAGACGCUAACAACGCCGGGAAUGGAAAUGCAUAAUUACCUAACCUAUAAGGCAUGCAUUUCCGUUGGUUUUACUUUUACACUAAUUGACUUUUCAACACAACUUAAACGAAUUAACGACGAACUUUCAAACAAUAUAAGUAACAAAUGAAUGCACUUCUUUUUUAAACAAAACGAAUUAUAAAUUCUCGAUUUAAAUUUAAUUUAAAUUCAAAAACAAAAAAAAACCUAAGGAAAAAAAGGUGACGUGAUGGUGGAAAAAAUAUAGCUUUAAAAAUUAAACAUAUGCUUCUUUAUAAUGUUUACUUCUAAGCUAGAAACUAAAACUUUAAAGAACAAUUUAUGUAUGUAUAUUGUAUUUGUACAAUAUGUGUAUAAAUUGUGUUAACUUGAAUUUUGUAAAGAAAAAAUCUAUACACGUUAUACUUUAAACUUACAAGGAAAUUUAAUAAUUUAACUGCCCAAUUCUGUUAUUUUGCGAUUUGAUGAACUGCAGUGACUGCAAAAUGAAUUUUCUUUAAUAUAUUUUUACAUGAGGACAUGGUUUCUGUAUAUCAAAAGAAAUGCGAACAACUAGAAUAUUUUAUUAAUUUCUUCUGAAUGCAAAUAACGAGUAAAAAAGGUGUAUAACGCUUGUGGUUCACAUUUAAUAAAAGUGCUGACACUAUAAGGAUAAUUUAAAAAAUUAUUAUUUGUAGAAUAUUUCGAAAUUAGAACUUAU